AUGUCUGCAGGGGCCGGAAAGGCUGGUUUUGGGCUGGUUCAAGCUCUUGAAUCUGGCCCAGAUCUUACCGAGCUAGCUAGCGUCGCCGGGCUCCGAGGGGACAACGAGGGUUUUUGGGACGGACGUUGGGAGUUUCAAAGUGCCGCCGCGGAGGAGGCAGCGGAGACCAUGAGGCCGGUGUUCUGCGGCAACUUCGACCACGACACCCGCCAGUACGACCUCGAGCGCCUCUUCUCCAAGUACGGCCCCAUCAGCCGGAUCGACAUGAAGAUAGGCUAUGCUUUCAUUUACUUUGAAGAUGAGCGUGAUGCAGAGGAUGCUAUAAGGCGUCUCGACAAUGUGUCUUUUGGUUACGACAGGCGCAGGCUCUCUGUAGAAUGGUCCAGGCAAGUUGAACCAGUGCCAAAGAGCCGUGAUAGACCUACUGGGGAUGUAAAGCCAACGAGAACCCUCUUUGUUAUCAAUUUUGACCCCAUGCGCACUAAGAUUCAAGACAUCGAGAGGCAUUUCGAACCGUACGGCAAGAUUGCCAACAUUCGCAUUCGAAGGAACUUUGCGUUUGUACAGUAUGAGACGCAAGAGGAAGCUAGUGCUGCUGUCAAGAACACUAACAAGAGCACCAUAUUGGACAGGGUAGUGACCGUUGAAUAUGCCUUCCGGGAUGAUGACAGCGAGAGAGAUGACAGAUACGGCAGCCCCAAGCGAGGUGCUUAUGACAGGCGUCGUGGUAACCCCUACAUGCGCUCACCUAGCCCAAGGUACCGAAGGGAGUACAGUCCAAAUUAUGAUCGGCGUGGGCGUUAUCCUGGGUAUGAUCGCCGUGAUGGAGCAAUGUAUGAAAGGCGAAGCCCUGUAUAUGAUCGCUACAAUAGGGUCAGAAGCCCUGUAUAUGAUCGUUACGACAGGGGCAGAAGCCCUGUUUAUGAUCGCUAUGAUAGGAGAAGAAGCCCUGGCUAUGAUCAAUACUAG